GUUCUUCUUCUUCGUUUAAUCUGCUCCACUACGCCGGCCGGGGUUUAGCGACGGUUAGCUGAAACAAGUGUCUUAAAUCGCCUCGUCCUUAAAAAUGUCUCAACCAACACCGCCUGAAAAGCCUUCAAACCCCGAAAACCCUCGUGUCUUCUUUGAUGUAGACGUCGGUGGCGAAAGAGCUGGCCGCAUAGUUUUGGAGCUGUUUGCCGAUAUCACCCCCAAGACUGCUGAGAACUUCCGGGCACUCUGCACCGGAGAGAAAGGCAUUGGCAAAUCGACUGGGAAACCGCUGCACUUCAAAGGAUGCCCGUUCCACAGAAUCAUCAAGAAGUUCAUGAUCCAAGGAGGUGACUUCUCCAACCACAAUGGCACUGGUGGUGAGAGCAUCUACGGAGAGAAGUUUGAAGAUGAAAACUUCCAUUACAUGCAUGACAAAGUGGGUCUGCUGAGCAUGGCCAACGCUGGGCCCAACACCAACGGCUCACAGUUCUUCAUCACUACUGUGCCCACGCCUCACUUAGACGGCAAGCAUGUAGUCUUCGGCCAGCUGUUGAAAGGGAUGGGAGUGGUAAAAAUGCUGGAGUCCAUUGACACUAACGAUGACGCCCCUGUAAAGCCGUGUGUCAUAGCCGACUGUGGCGAGCAUAAGGACGGGGACAGCUGGGGCACUGCGCCAGAAGACGGAUCAGGGGACACCCACCCAGACUUCCCCGAGGACUCCGACAUCGACUUUAAAGAUGUUGACAAAGUUCUGUCUGUUGCUGAGGACGUGAAGAACAUUGGAAACACUCUUUUUAAGAACCAAGACUGGCAAGGUGCAGUCAGCAAAUACAGCAAAGCCCUCAGGUACUUGGAGGUGAGCGGAGAUCAGCUGGAGGAGGAAGCGCAGCAGAAGCUGGAGCCCGCAGCCCUCAGCUGCUUCCUCAACACAGCAGCCUGUAAGCUGAAGAUGCAGCUGUGGCAGGACGCUCUGGACAGCUGCAAUGAGGCUCUAGAGCUCAACCAAACAAACACUAAGGCACUUUUCCGGAGGGCCCAGGCCUGGCAGGGGUUAAAGGAAUACAGCAAAGCCAUGACUGAUCUGAAGAAAGCUCAGGAAAUCACUCCAGAAGACAAAGCUAUCAUCAACGAGAUGAAGAGAGUCCAGCUGAAGACCCAGGAGGAGAAGGAGAAAGAAAAGAAGAUCUAUGCCAAAAUGUUUGCGUGAACAUUUCACCUGACGAUGCACUCAGUUCACGUUGAUAACAUAGAAUAUUUGAAGUCAUCUCUACACGGGAAGCUGCACACUCGGAUAAGACAUCUGUAACACGUUGAAAAUGAACAGUAUUUGCAGUUGGCAGGUUCUUUCAUGUUUUCCAGCUGGCACAUUUCCACAGUCUGUAUCAUUACAAGGGAAUAACUGUUGUAAGCUUUGACUUGUCUCCGUCUUGACAAGUGUCUUCACUGUAAUGAAUAGUUUGAGCGUUUGUGUGAUGCAUGGCUGACUCCCCUGCUCUGAAAAACUGGGUUAACUCUGGAGUUUUUAAGUAGCUCAGCGAAAUUUCGUGUUGUAUUGUUUAAUAGAUUUUGAUACAGAGCCCUUCUACACACACAGUACAUCUAUUUGUUUUUAUGUUUGUUUUUUUUACAGAGGUCAAAAGGAUGAGUCAAGUGUUCUUUAUUAAUUACUGUGAUACUAUCAUCUAAUGUUAUGUACAGUACUGUGCAGAUCAGAUGCUGUCAAAAUAUACCUGCAAUAACGCUGAAAUAAACUGUAAUUUGAAAA